AUGACGUCGCGUGGUCGCAUCGAAGCAAGUGUCGAUUAUGUCUCAUUGCUAUCCGUGCUUCCAGUCUACGAGUAUCUAGUGACUAUUACAAAAUGGGUGGAAGGACAUUUGAUUCUAGGCACGUUGGGCUUUAUUCUUGUAUUUUGGGUGGCCGUGCCACUCUGUUUACCUGCUACAGCACUAGAAAUGAUGGCAGGAUCGCUAUUUGGUGUACCUCAUGCAGUAGUGGCAAUCAUUGUGGGAAAGACCGGUGGGUCUACACUGGCGUUUCUUUUGGGACGUUACAUGGGCAAGGAAAUGAUUGGUGGCUACCUACGUACCAAAUUCCCGACCUUCCGAGCUUUUUCCGAAGUACUCAAUAGUCCGAGCUGGAAGCCAAUAGUGUUGUAUCAACUGUCCAGUAUUCCAAACCUUGUCAAGGCCUAUAGUUUAGCCAUCACUCAAGUAUCCGUCACACGCUUUAUCGUGUCAUCGGCGAUAGGAAGCAUCCCACAUGCUGUUCUAUGGGCGUACAUUGGUGAACAAGCGACAGAUAUUACCUCCAUUUUUGCGGGUGAGACCAAGAUGACUACAAGUCGGAUGGUGAUGGUCGUCACCGGUAUCUCACUGACAGUGUUGGCAAUCGCGUUCCUCGUGGUGUAUACGAAACGGCAACUGCAGACUCUACAGAAGCGCGAGCGCCGUAGCAGUAGCGAAGAAGGGCAGCUACUCUCCGUUGAAAUCAAUGCCACGACUCCAGGUAGUGUCAAGAUCUCGUCACAGUGUGUGCAUACAUCGACGUCCACGCGCGACACCUGA